GCGGCCGGGGCUGGAGCCGGAGCGGCGGCGGGGCCGCGGCCCGGGAGGAUGGAGGGUGCCGCGGUGAACCUGCGGGCUCUGUACGAGCGGCUGGUGCGCCAGGCCGAGGUUCUGAGCGAGGGCAACGAAUUCCAGUUCCUCCAGCUGGCCAAGAACUUCGAGGAGUCCCGCAGGAGGUGGCAGAGGACGGAGCAGGAGCUGGGCAGGUACAAGGACCUGCUGCUGAAGACGGAGGCCGAGCGCAGCGCCCUGGACGUGAAGCUCAAACACGCCCGGAACCAGGUGGACGUGGAGAUCAAACGCAGGCAGAGGGCUGAGAUGGACUGUGAGAAGCUGGAGCGGCAGAUCCAGCUGAUCCGGGAGCUGCUCCUGUGUGACUCCUCGGGCAGCCUCCAGCUCAGCGAGGAGCAGAAGUCUGUCCUGGCCUUCCUCAACAGGCCCAAGGUGUCCGUGGGGGGCUCAGGCAGCAAAAGGCUGUCCACCAUAGAUGAGUCUGGCUCCAUCCUGUCGGACAUCAGCUUCGACAGGACCGAGGACUCGCUGGACUGGGAUUCCUCCGUGGUCAAAGCUGUCAGGCUGAAGAGGAGGGAGAAGAGGGUGAGUUUGUUCACCCCGGCAGCCACAAGUGCCACCAUCUGCCACCUCAGUUCCUCUCUUUCUGGGG